UCGUACCGGUGCUCUAACAAAAUAAUACAAGUUUAUCCAUCUCUCUCGCGUCGUUUCAUGUUUUAGUUUCGCUUAUAGUGUUUUAAAAUCCCUUCAAAUUUUAAAAACUAUUUUAAAAAAAAGACUUUAUAGGCAUUUAAUAAUUAUCUGAUUAAAUUUGAAGAGAGAUGCCAUGAUAUAUGAUGAUUGGUUAUAUUUUUGUAACAAAAAGUACCCUUAAGUAAGAAGUUCUAAUUUGAUUCAUUAAAAUGAUACGUGAAAAUAGUAUCGAUGAUUUUAUGCAAGGUGGAAAGGAUUCUUUUCGACACGUGCUCUCGCUAUUUUUCUAAUGUGAAAUCUUUGCUAAUGUGCACGUAUUUUUUGGAAAACGUUCUUAAGGCCUUUGAUUUUAAAAUUGGCCCCAAAUUGUAAUAAGGUGCCUGUUCUGGGUACAAAAAAAGAAAUGCGAGCGAUUCUUCGAUCUCGGAUCGUCUCGUGAUCCCGUUGAGUAGUCUCGUCGAGAUUAUUCCACCUCUUCGACUCUAGGACGUCUGCCCACCGGUUCUCCAAUCGAAGAAGUCGAUUUGUACCUUGGGUGGAUCUAUAGAGAGGCGAUGAUGCGAGUUAUCAUCAUGAUCUGUUUGGGUCUAACGACUCUGAGGAAUUGUAACUCAUCGGGAACGGACGGACCUGGUACCAAUCGUGAAAAGGGGCACCAUCGCCAAAAACGACUUCUUUGGAUAACAAAUGAUGGAAGAAUAGCGUUGCCUCCGGGUACGAUAAUGACCAUCACUCCAACACUGGCUCUACCUUUCGUUAGAUAUCCUCCUUACGGAUUUCUGAGCAACAUGACCAUCAGUCUCCCGUUUACGAUUGACUUUGAUAAGCUGGGAUUGACUGACAACGAGAAUCCUUAUGGGGCACUACCUUCAGUUUUUGAUCGCGCCAUGAAAAGUAGAGAAGCUGGAAUGAUGAUGGCAGAUUUUAUCGCUGCAUUUGUAAAACGUAGAUUACAUAAACGAGAGGCGCUCCAAGUGCCAAAGAAUGCUUUUCAUGGAGGAGAAAGGGCUCUUCUCUACGGCACCGCUGAGGACAUGCUCAGCACCCUUGGUCUAAAUGGAAAAGCGUGUCUGCUCAGAGCGAUUUGCGAAGUUCAAGGCCAUCCUCUUGAUAACUUCGGACUCGUUGGAGAAAUGCUCAAAUUAUUUUUCACAGCCAGUAAAUCACCAUUCGCAAAUGUACUCUACGAAUACGUCGAGGCAGAAAAUCGUGGGAAAAUCGACGGAGAAUGCUGGCCUUAUUUUAAGGACUGUCCAAAAUCGUUGUUCCUUCCGUCGAAAAAUAAAUAUACAGAGGAUGCGGUCCAUGAAGAUUCUGAUACUGAAUCGGAUCCAGAUUUUGCCUCGAAUGAUAUUUACGAAGGCGAAAAAGAAAAAAAAGAGAAUAUUAAAAUAGUAAAAAGGCCAGAUUUACAAAGUACGAAUUACGCUCAUCCGUCGAUGUAGGACUUGUGAAAUGAUUUUCACUUCAAGUGAUACAUCAGUGAUAUCAAAGUGACUAUUUUGUAGAUUUAUAAUUUAUAAAAAUGAUGCUUAAGAAUUUUAGAAGAGAUUGCGGAAUUUCGAGAAAAAGAAAUGAUAGUAAACCUAGAAGGAUAUUUGCAAAGGUAGAGUUUUACUUGUUACCACUAGAUUUAUAAAAUCUGGGAUGAAAUUUUUUACUGAAAAAA